AUUUCGCCCCCCCUUUUUUUAGAAACAAAAAACCCACAAAAAGUCGCCCACCCAAAGCUCGCCUCGCCUAGCGACGAUCGCGAGCACUCCUCCUCCUCCUCCUCCUCCGACUCCGAUCAAAUCACACCGGAGAAACCUCGCCGUCCGGCCACACCGGCGGCGCGCGCUCUCUCGCUGUCGGGGGGGUUGGCGGUGGCGCAGCCGCGGGGCGAGAAAAAUCUGGUCUCGGACGCCCGGCUUUGUUGACUAAAACCGGGCGGGCGGCGGGCGGCGGCGACGACUUCGCACGCGAUCCGCGCCUUCCUUCCUCUUCUUCCCUUGUUUGGUGCCUCGCCUCGUCUCUCCUCUAUUUCUUUUCGCUUGGUUUAGUUGGAUUUUUGCGUUCUUGGUGGUGGUGGUGGUAGUGGUCGUCGUCGUCGGCAACGCGGGAGACUUAGCGUUCUUGGUGGUGUUCGCGAUCUUUGCGGCGUCCAGUGGCAGUGGAUUGCGGUGGUGGGAUUGGCGCGGAUCCUGUUUUGCUCGUUUGGUUGUCGAUCGCCGGCGGUGGAUUCCGGUGGUGGAGGUGUUUGGGUUGUGAGCUCGUCGGCGGCGGCGGCGGCGCAUUGGGUGUUGGGGGCCGAGAUGGGCGGCGUGUGCUCGGCGGGGAUCCCGGGGGACAGGUCGCCGGCGGAGCUGUCGUUCCGGGCGAUGGGGCUCGUGGUGGAGCAGGAGCUCAAGGCGUUCCCGGCCGUCGCCGGCAAGGUGCAGGGGAAGCACAAGACGGCACCGGUGGAGGUGGCGCCGGAGCCUGAUCCGCCGCGCCGCCUCUCCCCCGAGAAGGCCCCCCGGCUGUCCACCGGCGGCGGCGGCGGCAAGGCUCGCCGGUCGGUCUCCAAGGAGCCGCAGCUGGUGCGCUCCUCGUCGGAGAAGCUCAAGGCCGGCAAGUCCAGGACAAGCACCUCCGGCAAGGCUUCAGACAAAGGCUCGGUGUUUGGUAGAGCCAGCACAUCUGGGAUUGGGAAAGCAGUGGAGGUUUUGGACACACUGAGCAGCAGCAUGACGAAUUUGAGCCCUGUAGGUGGGUUUGUGGCGGGCGCGAAGAUGAAGGGGAGCCCACAAAAGAUUCUUGCGUUUGAGGUUGCCAACACAAUAGUGAAGGGCAUGAGCCUGAUGCAGUCUCUGUCCAAAGAAAGCGUCAGAUACUUGAAGGGGACCGUCCUCCGAUCGGAGGGCGUAAAGCGUUUGGUUUCUAGCGAUAUGAGUGAGUUGAUGAGAAUUGCUGCAGCCGACAAGAGGCAAGAGCUGGCGCUAUUUUCGCGAGAGGUGAUCAGAUUUGGCAAUCGUUGCAAGGAUACUCAGUGGCACAACCUCGAUCGCUAUUUUUCCAAGCUAGAAUCAGAAAUUACGCCUCAACCAAACUUGAAAGAAAUAGCAGAAGCAGAGAUGCAGCAAUUGUUGACACUGGUUCGGCACACGGCUGAUCUGUACCAUGAGUUGCAUGCAUUAGAUAGAUUUGAGCAAGAUUAUCGCCGUAAAUUGGAGGAAGAGAAAAAAUCAGUUGCUUUUGAAAGAGGGGACACUGUUCAGAUUAUAAGGCAAGAAUUGAAGAGCCAAAGGAGGCAUGUGAAAAGCUUGAAGAAAAAGUCCCUUUGGAAUAAGAUGCUCGAAGACGUCAUGGAUAAACUUGUGGAUAUUGUCCACUUUUUACAUGUAGAGAUUCAAGAAUCUUUUGGGACCUAUGAUGGAGCUUUACAAUUGAAUCAACCUUCAGAGAGCCGUCAGACGUUAGGAUCAGCUGGCCUCUCGCUGCACUAUGCCAAUAUCAUUUCACAGAUUGACAACAUUGUUUCCCGAAGCACCGUUCCACCACAAAGCACAAGAGAUGCGCUCUAUCAAGGACUGCCCCCAACUAUUAAGUCUGCUCUUCGAAAAAAACUACAUAAUUGCCCACAACCACAAGAGGUUCCGAUCACUGAAAUCAGAUCUUCAAUGGAGAGAACCUUGCAAUGGAUUAUCCCUAUUGCCAACAAUACAGCCAGAGCUCACCAUGGAUUCGGAUGGGUCGGCGAGUGGGCGAACACAGGGAACGAUGCGAUGCGGAGGGCGGCUGGGCAGCCAGACGUGAUCAAGAUCGAGACAUUCUACCAUGCGGACAAGGCCAAGACGGAGGCGUGCAUCCUGGACCUCGUCCUGUGGCUUCACCACCUCAUCAGCUACAGCCGCCCAAGCAACGGUGGCAGGUCCAGGUCGCCGAGCAGGUCGCCGGUGCGCUCCCCUCCCCUCACGCCGCCGCACCAGGUGCCGACGACGACGUCGUCGUCCUCGCCGCCACCGCCGGCGGUGGCGAGGCCGAGCGGCGGCACCGGCGGUGGCCUCACCAGGGAGGACCGCGCGAUGCUCCAGGACGUGUACGCGGGCCGCCGGCGUCGCGCUCCCUGUCACAGCAGGAGCCAGGAGCUGUCGUCAGCUCGCGGCGGCGGCGGCGCCGGCGGCGACAGCUCGUCGGCGGUGGCAGCCGCGGCGCAGCUGAGCAAGAACGACAGGCUGAGCAAGAGCAGCAACGAUGCUCCGGCGCGGAGCGGCGGCGGCGGCGGCGGCGGGAAGCUCUUCCCGCUGAGCAGGAGGCCCUCCUCCGCCGUGGUGUCGCCCGCCGUCGACUUCGACAUCGACGGCAUCAAGGCGCUGGCGGAUGCACAGAAGCGGCAGUGACCGUGACGUCACAGCCACCAUCUUCUUCUCCGCCGCAAAUUUUGCUCAAACUGUCCACUGCUCAAACGCAGCGACGCCGGAAAACCGUGAGAAAAAAUAAGAGAAAAAAAAUCAAGAAAGAAAUGGAGAUGGCCAGAUGAUGAGAAACCAAGAUCGGUGAUGGAUGCUUAAUUAGGGUGUGAUUGAUACAUGAUCAAUUAAUUAAUUAAUCGCCAUUGUAUAUUGUAGGAGAAAGAAAGAAAGAAAAAUAGAUGGAUAGAUAGCCCAAGAAUUGCAGCUGUCAGGUACUGUACUACCAUGAGACAAUCAUGGAUGGACAUGUUAUAUAGUACUCCAGCUGUGCAAUGCCUGAAGACUAGUAGUACUACUACAUAUAUCAACAGACUCUGCAGGCACAUAUAGAUAGUGACCAAAAACCCUCCUGCUUGUGAAUUUUCAACCCUUCUUGUCUUGGAAUGGAAUGCACAGUUUCAUUUCUGUUUGUCUGCACUGUUCUGUGCAGGUA